CUCAACCACAAUUUCCCCAACAUUUGCUCUUACAUCAAUGGACUUGCUCACAACAGACUUCGAUCCAAUUACAGUUGAUGUUACCUCAGACUUGCCAACAACAACAGCAGGUCAGACAACAGUUGCUCUUGCAACAACAGACUUGACUAGAGCCAAAAGUGCUCUGACGACAACUGAAACCACUGCAAUGUCGUCUGUAACAAGUGCUGUACCAACAACAAACGUUUCCCCCACCACCACGAUACUGAUGACAAUAGUUGCAUCCACAGCACCACCAACAAAUCCCCCCACUUCAACAGCUGCUUUAAUAACAACAUAUACUCCCACGGAACCAGACUCAACAACAACUGUGUCUCCAUCAACUGCAUUUUGGACCACUGCAGAUUUUGCCACGACAACUGCUCCAGCAACAGUCGCUCUUACAACAACAGUCUAUCCAACAUCCACUACAGCUCAAAUAACAGUUGAUCUCACAACAACAGACUUAACCACAACCACCACUGCUCCAACAACAGUUAGUUAUACUGUAUCAGACAUGCACACCACAACUACUGUUGGGACUACAGUUGCUCAAACAACAAAAGACUUGAUUACAACAACUGCGGCUUCAGCAACAGUUGCUCUGACAACAACAGACAUGCUCCCAACAAACUUUGCUCCAACAACAGUUGAUGUUAAAUCAGACUUACCCACAACAACAACUGCUUCAGCAACAGUCGCUUUUACAACAAUGAACCUGCCCACAACCAACACUGCGAAGACUACGCAUGCUCUAACUACAAUACACUUGACUACAACUGUUGCUCCAACAACAGCCAUUUUUACAACAAAGAACUCGCCCGCAACCAACAUUGCGCUAACAACAGCAGGUUUUUCCACUAAUACACUGACGUCAAUAUCUGCAUCCAGCACACCUACUGCACCACUUACAAAUCCCCCCACUUCAGCAGUUACAGAAUUAACAACAUACUCUCCCUUAGAACCAGCCUCCUCAGACUUAACCUCAAGAACUAAUGAUCCAGUCGCAGUUGCUUUGAAAACAUCCACAGCAUCACUGACAAAUUUCCCCACUUCCACACCUGCUAUAACAACAACAACGGAUUAUCCCACAGAAUCGGCCUUGACAACUUCUGUGUCCCCAUCGACUGCUUUUUACACAGCAACACACUUUCCCUCAACACCUGCCAUCACAACAACACACUUAACCACAACAAUUGCUCCAACAAGGAUUGCACAGACAACUUCUGUUCUUGCAACAUCAGACAUUACUUCGACCACCAUUCCUCUCGAAACAGUUGCUCUAACAACUGACUUGCUUAACACAACCACUGCUCCAGCAACAGUUGUGCUAACAUCGAAAAACUUGCGCACAGCAACGUCUGCUCCAGCAACUGCUGCUAUAACAACAGCAAUUGAACCCUCCACAUCUGCCGCAACUAGUGUUUCUCCCACAAGUACUACUCUGAUGACUGCAGUUACUUCAGCCACAUUCACAGCACCACCAACAAGUGUCCCCACUUCAACAGAAGCUAUAAUAACAACAGGUUCUACUACACUGCCAGAAUGGACAACAACUAAAUUCCCAUCAACUGCUAUUGACAUAACAGACUUCGCCACAACAAAUGCUUCAGCAACACCUGCUCGAACAACAACAGAGUUAACCACAACAACUGUAGCUCUAACAAAAAUUGCACCAACUACUACUGUUUUCAUUACAAAAGACUUCAUCACAGUUUCUACUGCUCCAAAAACAGUUUCUCUCACAACAACAGACUUGCCCACAAUAACCACUGCUCCAGCAACAUAUUCUCCCACCAACGCUGCCCUGAAAAUGACUUUGUCUCAACCAACUGCUUCUUCUCCGAUAACAGCUGCUCCAGCAACAGCUCUUAAAACAACAGAGUUGCCAACCACUAUUCAAACAACAGUUGAUGUAACAAUAACAGACUUGCCCACAACAACUGUUCCAGAAUCAACUGCUCUUACAACAACAGAAUUGCCCACAAAAAUGACUACUCCAGCAGCUGUAGGUCUAUUAACAACACACUUAACCACUAUACUCAAUGCUCCAACAACAGUUCCUUUUAAAACAACAGACUUGCCCAGAGUCAUCACUGUUCCACCAGUAGCUGCUCAAACGACAACAGCAGACUUUACCACAACUGAUCUAACUGAUCUGGAGACCACUGCUGCAACCAGCAUAGCUCUGACAACAGCAUUUGAACCCACCAUCACCUGCCUCAACGACUCCAUCUCCACCAGCUGCAUCAGACUUUUCCACAACAGGGACUGCAGCAACAACAGUUGCUCUCUCAACCAUAGACUUUCCCACAAUAAUCACUGCUCCAACAUCUGCAUCUCUGACAGCAACACAUUUCCGAAUAACAUCCUCUUCUCCAUCAACAGUUGCUCAGACAGCAACCAAUCUACCUACAUCAGCCACCUCUGCAACUCUACUGCUCCAGAAAUACCUACUCCAGCACCAAUAAAUUUGCCAACAGACACCACUACUGCUGCAACAUUUGCUCUGACAACUGCAAUUAAGGCUCCCACUUCUUCUGCAACAAGUGUCAUUCCAGGAACCAACGGAUUACACACUAAUACUCCCCUGUCAAGAGUCAUAGCUGACACAACAUCCACAGCACCACCAACAAAAUACCCCACUUCAACCGUUGGUGAAAUUACAACAGAUCCCCCCACAAUUCCUGCCUCAACUACGACUGCGCCUUCAUUCACUGCAACAGACGUUUUCACAAUGACUGCACCAGCAGCAGAUGGUCUGACAACUAUAAACAUACCCAAAAUGACUGCCACAGAGGCUCAAAAGGUAACAGAUUUGCCCACAACAUACAGUGCUACUUCAACAGUUGCUCUUACAACAAAAAACCUGCCUACAACAACCACCACUUCAACAACAUCUCCGGUUGCCGUCUCACCUGCAACCACUCUAAUGGCAUCAAAAGACUUGACCACUACCACCAUCACUCCAGAGACAGUUUCUCUAACAAAACACUUUGCCACCACAAACACUGGUCCCGCAACCUUUGCUCUGACAACAAUUGAACCCGUCACAUCAAUCGCAACUAGUGUUGUUCCAUCAACAAAACUUUUUCGCAGUACCACUCACCUGACAACAGAUGUUGAGGGCUCCACAUACACAGCAGCACCAACACAUUCAACAAGUAUAAUGACAACAGAGUCUUCCUCCAUAUCUGCCUCAACUAUGAGAACAUCUCAAUCAGCUGUUUGGUCAACACUGACAGACCGUCUCUCAGCAACUGCUCAUGAAUCAACAGGUCUCACAGCAACAGUCUCACCAACACCAACACCAACAGGCCUGACCACGGCAACCACUGCUCCAGCAACAAAUGCUCUGACAGCCAUUAUUUCUCCUGCAACUGCUGUUCUGACAUCAACACACUUGGCCUCAACAACCUCUUAUCCAAAAACAGGUGACCUAACAAUGACAGAUUUGCCCACAACAAAGACUGCCCUAGCAACAGUGGCCUGGUCAACAAUAGAUUUGCUGACAACAACCACUUCUGAAUCAACCUUUGCUCUGACAACAGCAAUUAAACGUACGUCGACUACAACCAGUGCUAUGCCAGUUUCUCACAGGACCACUCCCCUGUCAACACCCAUUGCCUACACCACAUACGCAGCCCCACCAGCAAUAUUACCCACUUCAACAGUUGGUAUAACCACUACAUAUUCUCCCACAAUUCCUGCCUCGACAACAACUGUGUCUUCAACCACUGCCACAGACUUUCCCACACUGACUCUUACAAAUGCAGUAACGAUAACAGAUUUGCCAACAACAACCACGGCUCCCACAAUUGUAGCUCCGACAACAGCUAUUUCACCCGCAACUUCUGUUCUGACAACGAAAGACUUGGCCACAACAACCAUCGCUGCUCCAGCAACCUUUGCUCUGACAACAGAAAUUGAACCCACCACAUCUACUGCAAAUAGUGUAGUUCUAUCAACCAAUGUUUCGCACACCACCACUCUCCUGACAGUUGUUGCAGACACACCACACACAGCACCACCAACAUAUUCGACGGGUGAUACGACAACCGAUUCUCCCUCUGCAUCUGCCACGACUAUUAGAACAUCUCAAUCAGCUGCUUUUUUGACACAGACAGUCUCACGUCUCUCAUCAACAGCUCUGACAAUAACUGUCUCACCAACACCAAAAAACCCGGCCACGCCAACCACAGGUCCAGCAACAGUAGCUCUCACAGCCAUUACUUCACCUGCAACUACUGUUCUGACAACACAUUUGACCCCAACGACCUAUUCUCCAAAAACAGUUGCCCUUACAACAACAGACUCACCCACAACGACUGCUCAAUUAACACUUGCUCUCACAGCAGCAGAAUUGCACACAACGACCACUUCUCCAACAGCAGUUGCUCUUACAACAAUCUCACCCAAAACUACUAUUCUGGCAAACAAAUUGACUACAGCAACCUUUGCGUCAGAGACUGUUUCUCCUAAAACGACUAGGUUCCCCAUGGAAACAGGUACUAUAAUCACAAGAGAUUUUGACACUGCUCCAACAAAUGUUGUUUCAACAAUAACAAUUGAACCCACCACAAUGUCGACCGCAACAACAAAAGUUAAAAAAUCAACAAAAGUUUCUCCCACAACUUUGGAAACCAUACUCAGAGGUACUCCAACAACAUCUGCUAAAAUAACAGCAGCACAGACAUCAGUUUCAUCCACACCAAAAGGGUCCCACACAGCAGCGGCACCAACAAGUCGUGUUGUCACUACAGCAGCCGCUUUUCCUACAAAAACCUCAACACUAGGAAAAACAGUGACUCCCAUGACAUCUACAUUGCGAUUAACACUGCUGCCCACAACAUCUAAAAUUGCAACACAUUUGCCGACAAUAACUGAUGCGCCCACAAAGCAUGCUGCUCUGACAACAAUAGACUGUCCCUCCCCUAACAACUGCUACCAUGACAACUAUGACAACGAUUGA